AUGAAACCAGAGUGGUGGCCCGGAGAGGACCAUGAACUGUUCACCGAGUGGGCUAUUGCCCAAGGAAUCGUGGUCAAUGGGGUCAACCCGGCUCGGUUUCCAGGUCGUGGCCUGGGAAUGAUAGCCACGCGAGCCAUAGAAGAAGGCGAAGCAAUCGUGACAGUGCCACUCAGGACAAUGUUCACACCCAAUUCCAUCCCCUCGUCAUUCUCUAGCAAGUUUCCCGACGGGACCCCUGUUCACGCACUGUACGCUGCUUUCUUCACCAACGGGGACCCCGAGAAUCUGAAGCAUUACGAGCCCUGGAGAAAGACCUGGCCUUCUCUGAAGGACUUUGAAGACGGCAUGCCAAUUCUAUGGCCGUCAUAUCUCCGCGGAUCGAAGACCUCUGUGGACUCUAGCUCUGAGCAAACAUUCCUUCCGCCAUCAAUCUCCGGCUCCUGGUCUAGUAUCCAGAAAGGUAAAAGCGAAUUCCACUAUGAAACUACUCAUCAGAACCUCCUAUCUCAACAGGAAAGCCGACUCCGGGAUGCUUGGGAUGCCGUGGUGGCUGUAUUCCCAAAGACCGAUUGGGAAACGUUCUCGUAUCACUGGCUAAUCGUCAACACGAGAAGCUUCUUCUUCCUGAUGCCCGGGGAAGAGGCACCGGAGGAUCGGAAUGACGCAAUGGCACUACUGCCUUUUGCAGAUUAUUUCAACCAUUCUGAUGUUGCUUGUAAUGUGAAAUUCAAUGGGCUGAAUUAUAUCUUCCGUGCGACGAAGCAUUAUGAUGAGGGAGAGGAGAUAUACAUGAGCUAUGGGCCUCAUCCGAACGAUUUCCUACUAACAGAAUACGGAUUCUUCCUCGACCACAAUGAAUCUGAAACACUCUAUCUAGACGAUAUCAUAUUCCGAGACCUGAGCAAGACUCUGCAGGAGGAAUUGGAAUUCGAACAGUAUUACGGAAAUUACCAGUUAACAGCAGAAGGCGUGUGCUAUCGUACCGAGAUCGCUGCUUGUAUUAAAUACAUGGCGGUUGAGGACUGGCGCAACUAUACCCUUGGCUACUCUACCAAGAACUUUGAUGCAGCUAAAUCGGAGGCUAUAAUCCGAGAAUGGAUCAAGACGUAUGCCAACGAAGCAGACACGGUGAUCGCAUCACUAGAAAAGGCAGGGUCUCAAGAAGCAGACCUCAAAGGUUCGGACAAGGUCAAAGCCUUGCUUAAGCGCUGGACACAGAUCAAAACUCUCUGUGACCAAGCCCUCCAGACCGUAUCUUGCUAG